AGACUGAAAUAUAUAUAAAAAAAAUCUUUGAUUGAAAAGAAAAGAAACAGAAACAGAAAAGAAAAGAUGCAGAUCUUCGUGAAAACCUUGACCGGAAAAACCAUAACCCUAGAGGUUGAAAGUAGCGACACCAUCGACAAUGUCAAGUCCAAAAUUCAGGACAAAGAGGGGAUACCACCAGAUCAACAGAGACUCAUCUUUGCUGGGAAACAACUAGAGGAUGGUCGAACGCUUUCUGACUACAACAUUCAGAAAGAGUCCACUCUUCACUUGGUUCUGAGGCUUAGGGGUGGGACCAUGAUCAAGGUCAAGACUCUCACUGGUAAAGAAAUCGAGAUUGAUAUCGAACCAACCGAUACUAUUGAUCGCAUCAAGGAGCGUGUUGAGGAGAAAGAAGGCAUCCCUCCUGUUCAACAGAGGCUCAUCUACGCUGGGAAACAGCUAGCUGAUGACAAAACGGCAAAGGACUACAACAUAGAGGGAGGCUCUGUUCUUCAUCUGGUCCUUGCUCUUAGGGGUGGUUCUUGUCUGUAAACUCUUUCUCUUGUCGCUGCUCUUUAUUUGCUCUAGAGUAUCCCUUUCUAUGUCUUUGGUUGAGUCCGAGUGAACGCUAUUUGAGUUUUUGAUGAUUUGAUUACUAUAUUAUGCUGUUCUAGUGGGUUUGGAUCAAUUUACUAAUAAUUUGUUCAAUAUCGGAUCAUUACAUGUGAUAUCUACUUGGAUUUUGGUUAUUUUUCUAUGAAUGGGACAAGCUCUGUGGACUUCUCUAGGA